GAUGUUCACCUCACUUCGAUAUACAGCAAUAAUUCAGUGCCAAUUCCGAUACGAAGCCGGAACCAGUAUCUAAAAAUAUUCUUCAGAUAGCUAGACUCUGGACGUAGCACCGGCGAGCUCGAUACUUCCGCCCAACAUCAACACCAUGGCCACCGCAUUCCGAAGAUGUAUACGGCAAACAGCUGCAUCCGCACCCCGGAUCCACACCCGCCGCUCAAUAUCCACAAAUCCCUUCUUCCCGCUCACCCAAGCAACUCCCUCCUCACAACCCGUCCCUCCCAAAUCCUGGUCCCCAACCCCCUUCGUCACAGAAUCAGACGGCGGCGGCUGGCGCACCUACGACAUCUACUCGCGCCUCCUCAAAGAACGCAUCAUCUGCCUCAUGGGCGAAGUCGACCUACCCACCUCGUCCAACAUCGUCGCCCAGCUCCUCUUCCUCGAAGCAGACGCCCCGGACAAACCAAUCUCCCUGUACAUAAACUCCCCCGGCGGAAGCGUCACCGCGGGACUGGCAAUCUACGACACCAUGAUGUACAUCAAGUCGCCCGUGAGUACAAUUUGCAUGGGCCAGGCUGCCUCCAUGGGAUCGUUAUUGUUGGCCGGUGGCGCAAAGGGGAGUCGGUAUUGUUUACCGCAUAGUAGUGUCAUGAUUCAUCAGCCGAGUGGGGGGUAUAUGGGGACGGCGGCGGAUAUAGCGAUUCAUGCCAAGGAGAUAUUGCGGACGAAGGAGAGGUUGAACAAGAUUUAUCAGAGGCAUCUGACGAGGGAGACGAGUCUGGAGGAGAUUGAGAAGGCGAUGGAGAGGGACUACUUCAUGGAUGCGAAGGAGGCGUUGGAGUUUGGGAUUGUGGAUAAGGUGUUGGAGAUGAGGGAGGCGGAGGGGGUGGCGGAGAUGAAGCAUUAAAAAAUGGUGCGAGGAAGAAUCUCGUGGUGGGGACGGUUCGAAGGGGUGGAGAUGUUUGUCAUGACCGAUCUUGUACGAUGUGAGCUGAACCAAAGUGGAGAAUAAUGCUUAU